ACACACUCACGCGCGCGCACGCGACGGCCCUCUCUCUGUCCCGGUCUGUGCGUGGCGUGUUGGUCGAUCGUGCAGAGGGGAAAAACCAAACCUGGCGCGUGUGAUGCAAACAAAGACGAGCACAGUUUCCCCCACCCCUCUCUUGCGCUCGUGCGGUGGGUCGGUCGGUCUGGAGGUUGAUCCAGAGAUGAUGUUGCUCGCCGUACACGGCAACGGACAGAAAGCACGCGACAGCACUCGAAACAACUUUCGUCCACGUUUUCCCCUCAACCCCACGUAAGCCUCAGAAUGCACGAGCUCGGCGCUGUGAGCGUGUUUGUGUGAGCAGUGUGUGCGCGAGCAAUGUGGUUGUGCGCGUGCGUGCAUGUACUAGUCCAACUGGUAACUAAGGGGGAAAGCACUACUAACUAGUCGUGCCCCAUCAUCAUUAUGGGAUGGAUCGCCAUGGCAACCGACCAGACGUCACAAGCUGGGCAUGUGUGUUCCAUUUUUGGCUCUUUCUUAUUUUCAGAGCGGAGGAUUUGGAUGGAGGAGGGAAUGGAGAGAUUUUUUGGGGCGGCUUCCAUGUAGGGCAGCCAUAUUUCCCUUUUUCUUUUUUUCCUCUUUUCCAUCUUCUUCUUCUCUUUAAUUUUUGGGGGUGCCAAGUGUUUUCUCAAGCCCCUCACCUUCGCUGGACGUCCUUUCUUCCUCUUCUUCACUGAAAGGCGUUGUUGCAUUGCUGAAAGGCUGCCUCUGCUGCUGCUCUGAAGGGGUUAAGUUUCCACGACUUUAGUGAGCUCUAGCUUGGAUGUGAUUUUUUUUUUCCUCCCCCCCCUCCUUUUUUCUCUGGGUAAUGCAGUAAAGAUGCCCGGAUCGCUGAGCAAUGAAGAAGAGGGGCAAGACGAUCUGGAUUUUGAAGACGACAUAGCAGAUGAGGAUGAAGAAGAUGAGCGGGACAAUGUGCCGCUGUCACCCCUCGAACGCUUCUUUUCUGACAACGAUUCGGUCAAACAGAAGAAGAAGAAGCCCAGCAAGCUGAAAGAGGGCAAGAUGCCGAAAGUAAAGAAGAAGAAAAAAGAGAUUCCGAGUGUUGGUGAGCGUGAGGACAUGUCAGAAAGGGAUGACCAUGGACAUCGGUCAGGAAGUGAGAGUAGCAGUUACGGCACACUGAAGAAAAAGAAGAAGAAGCCCAAAGAGAAAAAAGAGAAGAAAGCCAAAUGGAAAAAGAAAGAUGAUGAUGAUGAAGAUGACGAUGAUGAUGAUGGAAAUAUGAAGGAGCCCAAGUCUUCGAGCCAGCUGAUGGAAGAGUGGGGUCUGGAGGAUGUGCAGUAUGCUUUCUCUGAAGACGAUUACAAAACCAUUACUAACUACAAGGCUUUUAGCCAGUUUCUCAGGCCCCUCAUUGCCAAGAAGAACCCUAAAAUUCCCAUGUCCAAGAUGAUGACAGUGUUAGGAGCCAAGUGGCGGGAGUUCAGCGCCAAUAACCCAUUCAAAGGCUCUUCUGCCACGGCCGUGGCUGCUGCUGUGGCUGCAGCCGUGGAAACAGUCAAUGUGGCCCCGCCCAUCUCUCUUAGCAGUAUCCAGCAACUUUCUCCAACGGGGCCAAUCAAAAAAGCCAAAACCAAAGAGGGGAAGGGGCCCGGUGCUAAGAAGAAAAGUAAACCAGUAAAAGACACGAAAAAGAAAGUGAAACCCAAGAAGCCCAAAUCAAAGGCAGGCCAGAGCGGCAAAAGGAAAAAAGCCUCUUCGAGCGAGGAGGAUUUCUUAGACGACUUCUCAGACUUUGAUGAUGUCAGCAUACACAGUGCCUCUGUUCGCUCCGACGCCUCGGGUGCACCCAAGAAAAAACCCCGCCGAGGACGCAAAAAGCGGAAAAGAGAGGAUGGAGACGGAUACGAGACGGAUCAUCAGGAUUACUGUGAGGUGUGUCAGCAGGGAGGAGAGAUUAUUCUGUGUGACACCUGCCCCAGAGCCUAUCACCUGGUGUGUCUCGACCCGGAGCUGGAGAAAGCUCCCGAGGGGAAGUGGAGCUGCCCCCACUGCGAGAAGGAGGGCAUUCAGUGGGAGGCCAAAGACGAUGAUGAAGAGGAGGAGGAGGCUGGUGGUGAAGAAGAGGACGACCACAUGGAGUUCUGUCGAGUGUGUAAGGAUGGAGGGGAGCUGCUGUGCUGUGAUACGUGUCCGUCCUCCUAUCACAUCCACUGCCUCAACCCACCCCUGCCUGAAAUACCCAACGGAGAAUGGCUAUGCCCACGAUGUAUGUGCCCCCCACUUAAAGGGAAAGUUCAGAGGAUUCUGCACUGGAUGUGGGGGGAUCCCCCACUACCCCCUGAAGCUCCUCCAACCCAGGAUGGAGAGAAAACAGAUAUUCUAGCAAAACCUCCACUCAAGGGCCGGCCGGAGAGACUGCUGUUUGUUAAGUGGGCUGGACUGUCGUACUGGCACUGUUCAUGGGUCAACGAGUUACAGCUGGAGCUGUACCACACGGUCAUGUACCGGAACUACCAGCGGAAGAAUGACAUGGAUGAACCUCCGCCAUACGAUUACGGCUCUGGAGAGGAGGAGCUCAAUAAUGAAAAAAGGAAGAGUAAAGACCCAGAGUAUGCUGCCAUGGAGGAGCGGUUCUACCGCUACGGCAUCAAACCUGAGUGGAUGAUCAUCCAUCGGAUACUCAACCACAGUUUUGAUAAGGAUGGAGAUGUUCAUUACUUGAUCAAAUGGAGGGACCUGCCAUAUGACCAGUGCACUUGGGAGGUAGACGACUUUGAUGUCCCAGAAUACGAGCCCUUUAAACAGGCCUAUUGGGACCACAGAGAGCAGAUGCUUGGCGAGGACCUUCGCCCCCUUGUGGUGAGAAAAGGAAAGAGACCAAAAGAGGAAGUGAAGAGGAAAGAGGCUCCACCUGAGACUCCAGUUGUUGAUCCUACAAUCAAGUUCGAUCAGCAGCCUUGGUACAUCAAUGCCACGGGAGGAACGCUGCACCCGUACCAGCUGGAGGGCCUGAACUGGCUGCGUUUCUCCUGGGCUCAGGGCACAGACACCAUCCUGGCUGAUGAGAUGGGACUGGGCAAGACCGUCCAGACUAUAGUAUUUCUGUACUCACUCUACAAAGAGGGUCAUUCCAAAGGGCCUUUCCUGGUCAGCGCUCCGCUGUCCACUAUUAUUAACUGGGAGAGAGAGUUUGAGAUGUGGGCGCCGGAUUUCUACGUGGUAACAUACACAGGGGACAAGGAUAGCCGGGCUGUCAUUCGGGAGAAUGAAUUCACUUUUGAGGACAGUGCCGUCAAAUCUGGACGUAAAGUUUUCCGGAUGAAGAAAGACACUCCUGUGAAGUUUCAUGUGUUGCUGACCUCGUACGAGUUGAUCACCAUUGACCAGGCCAUUCUGGGAUCUAUUGGCUGGGCCUGUCUUGUAGUGGACGAAGCUCACAGGCUAAAGAACAACCAGUCUAAGUUUUUCAGAAUUCUGAAUGGCUAUAAGAUCUAUUACAAGCUACUCCUCACUGGAACUCCACUGCAGAACAAUCUAGAAGAGCUAUUCCACCUACUUAACUUCCUCACCCCAGAGCGCUUCAACAAUCUGGAUGGCUUUCUGGAGGAAUUUGCGGACAUCUCUAAAGAAGACCAGAUAAAGAAGCUGCAUGACCUGCUGGGACCGCACAUGCUCAGGAGGCUGAAGGCAGAUGUUUUUAAAAACAUGCCGGCAAAGACAGAGCUCAUUGUCCGAGUAGAGCUCAGCCCCAUGCAGAAGAAGUACUAUAAAUUCAUCCUGACACGGAAUUUUGAGGCUCUGAACUCCAAGGGAGGGGGAAACCAGGUUUCUUUGCUCAACAUCAUGAUGGACCUAAAGAAAUGCUGCAAUCACCCUUACCUGUUUCCUGUGGCAGCUGUGGAGGCGCCGGUGUUACCCAAUGGCUCUUACGACGGCAACCUACUGGUGAAGUCCUCAGGCAAACUCACUCUACUUCAGAAGAUGCUGAAGAAGCUCAAAGACGAAGGACACAGAGUCCUUAUUUUCUCCCAGAUGACUAAGAUGCUGGACCUGUUAGAGGACUUUCUGGAGUUUGAAGGCUAUAAAUACGAGCGUAUUGACGGGGGCAUCACAGGAGGACUGCGGCAGGAGGCCAUUGAUCGCUUCAAUGCUCCGGGGGCGCAGCAGUUCUGUUUCCUGCUGUCCACACGGGCCGGGGGACUGGGGAUCAAUCUGGCAACCGCUGAUACAGUUAUCAUCUAUGACUCUGACUGGAACCCUCACAAUGAUAUCCAGGCUUUUAGCCGAGCACAUCGUAUUGGGCAGAAUAAGAAAGUGAUGAUCUAUCGUUUCGUAACACGAGCAUCUGUUGAGGAACGAAUCACUCAGGUGGCCAAACGCAAGAUGAUGCUGACCCAUCUGGUGGUGCGGCCAGGGUUAGGGUCUAAAACGGGAUCCAUGUCCAAACAGGAACUAGAUGACAUCCUUAAGUUUGGCACAGAGGAGCUCUUCAAAGACGAUGUGGAAGCUAUCGGGGACAAUAAGGAUGGAGAGGAAGGCAAUGUGAUCCAUUACGAUGACAAUGCCAUCUCCAAACUGCUGGACCGCAGCCAGGACGCCACGGAGGACACCGAGAUUCAGAACAUGAACGAGUACCUCAGCUCCUUCAAGGUGGCACAGUACGUGGUUCAGGAGGAAGACAGAGAGGAGGAGGUUCAAAGGGAGAUUAUUAAGCAGGAGGAGAACGUGGAUCCAGAUUACUGGGAGAAGCUCCUACGGCAUCAUUAUGAACAGCAGCAGGAGGACCUGGCACGCAAUCUGGGCAAGGGCAAACGCAUCCGCAAACAGGUCAACUACAACGACACAUCUCAGGAGGACCAAGAAUGGCAGGAUGAUCUUUCAGACAAUCAGUCCGAGUACUCUGUGGGAUCCGAGGAUGAGGAUGAAGAUUUCGAGGAGAGGCCUGAAGGAGGGCGCAGACAGUCUCGCAGACAGCUGAAGAGUGACCGGGACAAACCACUGCCCCCACUGCUGGCUAGGGUAGGGGGCAACAUAGAGGUGCUUGGUUUUAAUGCACGUCAGAGGAAGGCAUUCCUGAAUGCUAUCAUGCGAUGGGGGAUGCCACCACAGGAUGCUUUUAACUCACACUGGCUGGUCAGAGACCUGAAGGGCAAGAGUGAAAAGGAGUUCAGGGCAUACGUCUCAUUGUUUAUGAGGCACCUGUGUGAGCCUGGAGCUGAUGGGGCAGAGACAUUUGCGGAUGGUGUGCCGAGAGAAGGUCUGUCCCGACAGCAUGUACUCACCAGGAUCGGAGUCAUGUCUCUGGUUCGGAAAAAGGUCCAGGAGUUUGAGCAUGUGAAUGGUAAAUAUAGCUCUCCUGAGCUAAUUCCUGCAGGACUGGAGCUGAAGAAAUUGACAGAGAGUCUUUCAUCUGACCCAAACACUCCUGUUCCAGCCAGCCCUGCUCCAACACAACCCAGCACACCCGUACCCUCAGAUAAAACUGAUGGUGGUCCUGGUCUUCAAGAAGACAAAGAGGCUGCUGACCAGGAGAGCACCAAGCCUACAGAGUCUGAGACAUCUAAAGAGUCAGAGCCUUUGCCCUUCCCCGAGAAGGCUACAGAGAACGAAGACGUGAAGAGAAGCAGCUCUGAGGAGAAGAGUAAUGAAGAGAGUGAAAAGAAAGAAAACACAGCAUCCCAAGCAGAGCCAUCGGCCAAUCAAACACAGCCAACAUCCAAGCAGACAGAGCCGUCCACCAAUCAGAAUCAGCCUGCAUCUACAGUAGAGCAAAGUAAAGAUGCAGAGAGCGCAGCUGAGAAAUCAGAGAGUGACUCUACGCUGGUAAAAACUGAGGAUAAAGAACCAAGACCAGUUUCCACAGCUGCUCCCCAUGAGCCGAAAUCCGAGGACGCUGCCGAGACGCAGCUGAAUGGAGAUAAAGAAGCGAGGGAUGAGGCAGACGAGAGCCACAAAGACGACAAGAACGGCGUCAAGACACGCUUCAUGUUCAACAUCGCAGACGGAGGCUUCACAGAGCUGCACACUCUGUGGCAGAACGAAGAGCGCAUAGCCGUGUCAUCUGGCAAGAUGUACGAAAUCUGGCACCGCCGCCACGACUACUGGCUGCUGGCUGGCAUUGUAACCCAUGGCUAUGCUCGCUGGCAGGACAUCCAGAACGAUCCUCGCUAUGCCAUCCUCAACGAGCCCUUCAAGACUGAGAUGAACAAAGGCAAUUACCUGGAGAUGAAGAACAAAUUUCUGGCACGACGUUUUAAACUGUUGGAGCAAGCCCUGGUGAUAGAAGAGCAGUUACGCAGGGCAGCCUAUCUGAACAUGACCCAGGACGCCGGCCACCCUGCCAUGGCCCUGAACACACGCUUUGCUGAGGUUGAGUGCCUGGCCGAGUCCCACCAGCAUCUCUCCAAAGAGUCACUGGCUGGCAACAAGCCAGCUAAUGCUGUUCUGCACAAAGUUUUGAACCAGCUGGAGGAACUCCUGAGUGAUAUGAAGGCUGAUGUAACGCGGCUGCCCUCCAUGCUCUCCCGUAUCCCUCCCGUAUCCGCCCGGCUACAGAUGUCCGAGAGGAGCAUUCUCAGCCGACUCACGAGCCGCGGCAAUGAGCCGCCUCCACAGCAGCCUUUUCCACAGGGCUCGUUUGGCUGUUCUCAGAUGUAUAGUAACAGUUUUGGAGGAGGAUUCAGGGGGCCUGGUGGGGCACCCAUGGUCAAUUAUAGCCAGAUGCCCCUAGGACCAUACGUCAGUGUGUCCUCAAACGGCCCCCCACUUCCCAGCAGCCACCUAGACAAGAAGUCCAGCGACGCUCUGAGGGACAUGUCCCCGCCUGAGCUGAAAUCCGGCAAGCCCUCUGAUGUCAUCUGCAUUGAAGACUAGCCAUGACUUCCCCGUUCUUUCAGUUAAAUUAACACAGAUACUAUUCCCUCAAAUUAAUCAGUUCUAUACAGAUUCUUUCAAUUGCACUUUCGUCUCAAAGAAUAAGCAUAAUUUUAUUUGGUAAGAUCCUGCUUUUUUAAUGUAAUUUAUUUUCACUUCAGUGAUGAUGAUGGGAACGUGUGUGGAUGGAGACAGGACUGAGGACGGAGAGUUUUAAGGCACUGGUUAUCAGGCCUUGGUGCUUAAAAAGAAUUGACUUUUUGCUGUUUUUCUGUCAAAGACUCUUAAUUAUUAUCUCUGCUUUUAUUGAGCCAUUUUGGUGGGGCUGCUCGUCCUGAACUAGAAUCCUGCACAUCUCUUGGGACGUCAUGUACAAUCCCUUCCUUUUCUGCACCUCUAAUACCUUCUUUCUGCUCUUCGGCUUGAACAUGACGCACCAAUCCUGCCCCCCAGUGGUUCUCUCUGUGUAGUGAAAGAGGAGGCAAAUAUAGUGUGACAGCUGGAGAUUGCCUCAGCGGUGAGAAACAUCCUUUUGUUUGGAAUGCAUUGUAAAGUGAUUUAACACAUUUUCACUAGUUGAGGGCUGGGAUGAAGUGCGGGAUGGAUGUAAACGCAUUUUUUGUGCACUAUGGUACGGUCUCUGCCUGUAUCAUAAGAAUUAUUCAGCCAUAACCUGGAAUUACUAACAUGUUAAAUAUAGACCUGUCAGGUUUUUCUAUUGUUUUUUGCUUGAUAAUAUAAACAAACAUAAAUAUCUAAUCAUUAACUGGCAUCCUGGCAGGUUUCCUAUACAUUAUCUACAAAAACUAGUGUAGUUGAAAAUCGUCUGUGAUACAUUUCCUUAAGCUCUGAAUGUUUUUGAGCAAAAAAAAUCAAGUGCUUUUUUGUCAUAAUUUUAGGUCUUUGGCUCCCUGCCAACUUAUUUGUACACAGUGUUAUGGGUCCACAGUAUUAUGCUGUAUAUUAGGGCAACGGCAGGUCAAUUUGUGGGCCGCCUGCGCAAAUCUCGAAACUCGUAUGUGCUCUCCUUAUGUGAGUGUACAGAAAGUUGUAUCUCAGUGCUUGGCCCCCUAAUUUAAGCAUCUUAAUUUAUGAAAAUAGUAUGUGCUGUGUAUCGCUCUAUAUAAGAGGGAAAAUACUUUUAUAUUUACCAUGAUAUUGUUCCUUUUACUCUUUAUUGUUGAAUGUCUUGUCACAAUCUUUGGACAGAGAACUUAAAGAAUAACGUGUGAUGUUUUCUCCAAAGACCAGUGAUGUUCUUCGCCCAUUUGACUCCAGAUUGAGGAAAGUGUGCGAAUUCAUUUGAUUUAAAUGGACUUAAUUUCCACAUUAAUAAAAUAAAGAGAAAAGUAUUUACACAGAUAUAUACAAUAAUAAUAAAUCAAUGGCAAAUAGACUUACAGUAUCAGUUAAAAGUUAGGAUGCCUUAAAUUCAUUUUUUUUCAUCAUUUUAAUUUAAAAUGUUCUGCAUUAUAGAUUAAUACUAAAGUCAUCUAAACUAUAAUAAAACAUAUUGAAUCAUUUAGUAAACCAAAAAAAUUUAAACAAACCAGAAUAUGUUUUAUAUAUUUAAUAAUUAGAUUAAGUCAGCUUUAUGAGGUAGAGUCACCUGGAAUUCAGGCUUUUAGUUAACAGCUGUGCUAAACUUAUCAAGAGUUAAUUACUUUAAUUUCUUUUUUCUUAAUGUGUUUGAGAGCAUCAGUUGUAAAGUUGUGAAGAGGUUGAGUUGGUAUACAGUGAAUAACUAUUUGAGUAAUGUUCUAAUCCAUGUUAUGAAGAACUAAAGUAAAGAAAGUAUCCUCAAGUACAGCUGCAGUGACCAUCAAAUAUGUUAUGAUGAAACUGGCUAUUAUCAGGACCACCCCAGGAAAGGAAGAGCAAGAGUUUCAUCUGUUACACAGGACAAGUUCAAUGGAGUUUUCAGCCUCAGAAACCGCAAGUAAACAGCUCCCCAGAUAAGAGCAUCUAAAUGCUUCACAGAGUAUUUUGGUUUGUUUAACACUUUUAAGUUACUACAUGAUUCCUGAUGUGUUCCUUCAUAAUCUGGAUCACUUCAGUAUUCAUUUAAAAUGUAGGGGAAAAAAACAUGAAAAACAUUGAAUAAGAAUGUAUGUCCAAAUGUUUACAUCAAAUAAAAUACUAGCUGAUUAAUACAGAAUUACCCAAGUUUUAAAAAAUCAAAUAUAGUUGUAUUGUUGAUAAAAUUAAUAAUUGUUGAGAAAAAAAUAAAAUCCUUGGCGUGUGUCUUGUAAACACAAGCAGCUUUAAAGAUUCAUGAGGGCACUUUAAAGGAGAAUUCCACUAAUAUUUCCAAAAUCUUUUAAAUAAUUAUUAAUCAACAAUAAUAAUUAACCAAUAAAACAUAAGUCAAUGAAAUGCUCAAAUCUAGAGUCACAAUAUGGCUAUAAUAAGAACAUUUAAUGCCUCUGACAAAUUCCUCAAGUUAUAUUGUGAUUUUUUAUAAGCUUUUGUGGAUCAUUUUAAUAGGGCCAACUUUGCUCCAUUAAGGAUAUUUAAAUAGAUUAAUAAAUUUUCUUUUGGCUUUAUUUGUGUUGAUACUGUUAAUUUAUUUAGGUGGAAAUUAUGUACCUGUUUGAAUUAAGUGAAUUCUAUGCAUCACUUAGACCAGAAAUGUGGAGUGGUAUGUUUUUUUGCUUAAUAUAAUGUGCAUUUUUUACGUAUGUCAGUGUGUGAAGGGAUUUAAUGGUCAAUGAACAUGGGUUAUGGGAUGCUGAGUGCAUUAACCAUGCCAUUUUGGUGCCAUCAGUCGUAUGGAAGUGAACCGCUGUGGGUUUAGUUUUUAAAAUACUCUGCUGUAUGUUUUGCGUAAAGCAUUCAAUGUCAAGUCCAUGUUUAUCUGGAUGGGUCUAGAGACUCUCAGUGACUUUAAUGCAGGUGAAUUAUUUAAUUGAUGAUGUCCUCAGCAAUCUCUGGUUUCUGCUGUUUUUGUACUCAAGCACUUAAGUUCCAUUUCAUUGUGUGGCUUUCUUACUCUGAAGGAGAUUAAACUUUUCUGUUUUCCUGUUAUCCAUUCUGCCACCAAUGUAAAUGGCUGCGAACAUGCUAAACCUGAUCAUGGCGCACACUGUAGUUACGUACUUGAAUGGUGUUCAUAAUUGUGUAGACUAUGAAUGUGAGGAAAAAAAAAAAACAUAGUUCAGUAUUCACACACACAAAGCAAAACCUCAGAUCAUUAGCAUUUUUAUCUCAUAAGGAAAGAGAGCCUCAAAGAAUUCAUCUUGAGAAGAUUGUAUGUAAUAAUGAACUUGGUUUUGGUUUCAAUCGUUGAAUUAUUAUCAUUGCGUUUGUACCAUUUUUCUUUCAAGGUAGUGCAGAUAUUGAGCUCUGGAUAAAUGCAAUCAAACUGAAGCUAAUAUGAAUGUAUUGAACAUAUAUACAAAGAAAGCUUCAGUCUAAUACUAGAAGUGUUUUUGCUCCUGUACUCUAAGCUUCAAAAGCUGCCGAAAGGCUCCAGUGGAUAAAGGCCCAUUGUCACAGCAUGCUCUGUCCGGUGUCUUUGGAUCGCUUUGGAACACGGCAGUGGCUGGCUUUGGACUUAAGCAGAAAUCUGAGCAGUGUUACUGUUUCCUUUAAGAGAGUGGAAUGAGCGGGACAGAUGCGGAUCGUCAUCAUUUUACUUUGUACUGAGUGUAUUUGUUUAAUGUGUUUUAAUAAAUUCUCUCCAAUAAGAAACUG